AUGUGGCUGAUUCCUGCGGCGCUGUCGGCCUCUGCGACGACGACGAGGCCACUCGUUGCCACGCCGAGGGCCGGCCGCGCUCGCCCAGCAGCCUGCAGCGCCGACGUAGAUGAAGCCAAAUUCCGCCACAACCGCCGUUCCGUUGAUCGUUUGCAGCUCGCUGUGCUCGUCUCUGUGCCAGCCGCGUGGGGUACCUUCGCGCCUGCCGUCAAACUCGCCAACGCGGCCUCGCCGGUGCCCUUUCCGGCCGUCCUCUUCUCCGCCGGCCAAUACGUGGUCGCCUCCUCGCUGCUGCUCGCCGCCACUGCUCUCGUGCCACCGGCCGCGCCAGCCUCGCCCGCGCCGACUCCGCCGCCGCGCUUCGCCUGGGCGGCCGGGGCGGAGCUGGGCGGGUACCUCUUCAUCGGCAACCUGCUGCAGGUCUCCGGCCUCGCGACUGUGCCCGCCGACCGCGGCUCCUUCCUGGUGCAGACCACCACGCUGAUGGUGCCACUGCUGCAGGCCCUCUCGCAGGGCGGGCUUGGGUCCGUCUCCGCGAAGACGUGGACCGCGUGCGCGUUGGCCUUUGUCGGCGUCCUCUGCAUGAGCGCGUCGGACGGCGGCGGCGGCGGCGGCCUGUCGAUAGCAUUCGGGCCGGGCGACGUGCUGGUCCUCUCCUCCGCCGUCCUCUACUCGCUCCACGUGCUCCGCCUCUCCGCGCUCGCGCCUGCGGUGCCUCCGCUGCGGCUGGCCGUCGCGAAGGCUGGCGCCGAGACCGUCUACGCUGCGCUGGCCGUCUGCGCGCUCAUGACCGCCCUGCCCAACUCGCCGCCGGCGAUCGAGGCGGGGCCGCCGCUGUGUCGGGCCGCCACCGCCCGGCGCAGUGCGGACGGCGUCACUUCACGCCGGGCCAACCUCAUCUACACGACGCAGCCGCUCUGGUCGGUGCUCUUCGCCGCGCUGCUCGUCUCGGAGGUGCCCACCAGCAGCGAGGCGCUCGGCGGCGCGGUGAUCGCCGCCGCCCUCUGGCUGGCCGCUUCGGAUGAGGCGGCGCAGGCCGGGUCGGCGCACGCGGAGGACGAGGCGAGCAAGGCAGUGUGA